AUGCUCGUCCGACGAUGUCUUGCCUCGUCGCUGCGCGGUAGCGUCAGGCACGUCCGCUAUAAUUCGUCAUAUUCACUCGACCAUUUCUCAGAGCUUGCCUGUCGCCCAUCAUCUCAGCACCAAAUCUAUCAGUCGCUUUCGACCGACCCUUACGUCAACCUCUCAAUUGAGCACUUCCUCCUAGAAAAUGCACCGGUCGACUCGAGCAUCCUAUUCCUCUACAUAAACCGACCAUGUGUGGUAAUCGGUCGGAACCAGAACCCGUGGCUGGAGACAGAUCUGCGAGCACUCUACAAUGACCGUCGGCCGGGCGCGGGUCAGGACGAUGCUGCUGUUUAUGUCCGGCGGAGGUCGGGAGGUGGAGCUGUGUUCCACGAUGAGGGAAACCUCAAUUACAGUGUGAUCUCGCCGCGCACCACUUUUACUCGCGAUAAGCAUGCAGAGAUGGUGGUUCGGGCGCUGCACCGUAUUGGCGCAGUGAACACGAGUGUCAAUACCCGACAUGAUAUUGUUAUGACCCCUCCCGAGACGCACGAGGACAGCGAUGAGCCACCUUUCCGAAAGGUAUCCGGGUCGGCCUUCAAGCUGACCCGCCAUCGAGCAUUGCAUCACGGCACGUGCUUGCUGGAUUCACCCAAUAUUCACGACUUGGGUCGUUUCCUACGCUCUCCCGCGCGAGGGCAUAUACAGGCGAAAGGCGUCGAGAGUGUUCGGUCGCCUGUGGGAAAUGUAUCGAGUGCGCUGGCGGACUCGUUCUUUUCUAUGCAGUCAGUGAUGGACAAUGUGGUUGAGGAGUUUGCCCGGAUGUAUGGCGUCCACGCUGACGUUGUCCGCCGGGCACGACGCGCACUUGCCGGCGAGCCUGAGAUCUUUGCCGGUGACAGCUGGGUCAUGGCAACCGUGGGCGAUGCUCAAGGAGAACGGGAGCCGGAGAUUGGUAAAGGAAUCGCGGAGUUGCGGUCGUUGGAGUGGAAGUAUACUCAAACGCCGCAAUUCACCUUUUCCACAUAUCCCACCGAGGAUGAUCCUCGUGAGCGUGCAUCAUUGCCAGCAACUCUUCCCCCUUCGACACGCGUGUUCCUCCGUCUAAAGCACGGGGCUAUCAUAGAAAGCAACGUCUCCAUCUCUUCGGAUGCUUCGGUUGCUGCUGACCAGGCCACCCGUGUGCAUGAGGUCUUGAACGGUCAGAAGCUACAUGAAAUCACCGCCGAGCGCUGGACAGAGAUGCUCCGUCAAGGUUUGACGGGGACCGAUGGUGCAGAUGAUGCGCUUGUGCAGGAGCUGGCAGAUUACCUGGGUGAUCUGCUAGGAGGGCAAUGA